AUGCCUAUAGAUACCAACAAAUACCAAACAACUCUCUUCUAACAAUUUAAUUCUCUUCCCAAAUAACACACAAGAGAUCCAAGAACAAAGAAAGCAUGGAUCAUGAUCACAUGCAUGACAUGCCUCCACCAUCAUCAUCAUCAUCCUUGAUGAACAAUGGAUCCAUGAACGGAGGAGGACAUCACAAGAUGAUGAUGAUGCACAUGACUUUCUUUUGGGGCAAGAACACGGAGGUUCUCUUCUCCGGUUGGCCGGGGACUAGCUCCGGCAUGUAUGCUCUCUGUCUCAUCGUUGUCUUCUUCCUCGCCGUCCUCACCGAAUGGCUUGCUCACUCCUCUCUCCUCCGUGGCAACACCGGAGAUUCGGCUAGUCCCGCCUCCGGACUCGUCCAAACCGCCGUGUACACCCUCCGUACCGGCCUCGCUUAUCUAGUCAUGCUCGCUGUCAUGUCAUUCAACGCCGGCGUGUUUAUCGCCGCCCUCGCCGGUCAUGCCAUUGGUUUCAUGUUGUUUGGAAGCCGAACUUUCCGGAAUUCCUCCGGUGACCGGAAAACUAACGAUCUUCCUGCCUCAGGUUGUGCUUGUUGAUGAUGAUGAUAUUAUAUGUCGAUUGAUCUACACUUGUAUUUCUAUUCAAAGAUCUAGGGCUGUAGUUUUCUUGUUUGUUUUGUGGAUUGAUCUUGGGGUCCAAUGUGUGUGUGUUAUCGUGAGGAGGAGGAAUAUUUUCUUUUUCUUUUCUUUUUUUGCUUUAUGAUUUUGUUUCUUCUGGUUGAUAGGAUUAAUGGUCAAAGCUGAAUAUAUCAAUUUACAAAUUCUGGACUCAAUUUGUUUGUCUUCUCUCAAAUUUGAUAUACAUCUUUCUGAUCUUA